AUGUCUGCUGAAGAAUCACAACAAGCACAAACUGAGACUGCAGCACCAGUUCCGGUUCCAGCUCCAGCUGUCGAACAGGAUCAUUCCAAUGAAGCUACUACAACCGUCGAAGAGAAAUCACCUGGAGCUGCUACCACUGCUCCUGCUACUGAGGAGGCACCGGCAUCUGAAAAGCCUGCUUCUCAGGAUAACAACGGUGACGGGGAAAAACAACAAGAAGAAGGAGAUGAGGAAGAUGACUCUGCCGCGCCUGUUUUGGCUACUCAAGGUGGUAGAGAAAAGUCAGAUAAAAUCUUAUACGUUGGUAACCUACCAAAGAGCAUUGAUGAUGAUCUAUUGAAACAAUAUUUCCAAAUUGGUGGGUCCAUUUCCAGCGUUAAAAUUAUUCCAGAUAAGAACAGUCAAGAGUGUAACUAUGCGUUUGUUGAAUAUUUCGAACCACACGAUGCUAACGUCGCAUACCAAACUCUAAAUGGUAAGGAAGUAGAAGGGAAGGUCCUUAAGAUCAAUUGGGCGUUCCAAUCUCAACAGGUUAACAGCGAUGAAACUUUCAAUUUGUUCGUCGGUGAUUUAAACGUCGAUGUCGAUGACGCCACUUUGGCCGGCACUUUUAAAGAGUUCCCAUCCUUCAUUCAAGCUCACGUGAUGUGGGAUAUGCAAUCUGGUAGAUCUAGAGGGUACGGUUUUGUAUCAUUUGGUGAACAAGAUCAAGCGCAAGUGGCUAUGGAAACUAAACAAGGGUUCGAAUUGAACGGCAGAGCCUUAAGAAUCAACUGGGCUUCCAAACGUGAACCCCAACAAAGUCAACAAGGUCAAAGAAGAUUCAAUGGUCCUGCCAGUGGCCGUGGUGGAUUCCGUAAUAACAACAAUCAGAACCAAAAUCACCACAAUCACAACGGUAUCAACAGACAUGCUGGUCCACCACCACAUCACCAAAUGCAAUCUCACCUACCCCCACAAUUGCAACAGCAACCCCCAAUUGGAAUUCCUCCAAUUCAUCAAGCUCCUUUGGUUCCUCCUCCAGUGGAUCCAGAAGCCGUUGAAGAUAUGAUGAGAAGAGCUCCUCCAAGAGUUACCACUGCGUACAUCGGUAACAUCCCACAUUUCGCUCAAGAACACGACUUGAUUCCAUUACUACAAAACUUUGGUUUCAUCAUCGACUUCAAGCAUUACCCAGAAAAGGGUUGUUGUUUCAUCAAAUAUGAUACUCAUGAACAAGCUGCGUUGUGUAUUGUGGCUCUAACAAAUUUCCCAUUCCAAGGAAGAAACUUGAGAACCGGUUGGGGUAAGGAAAAACCAACUUUCAUUCGUCCACAACAACAAAUGGGUCCAAUUCCUGGUCAACUUCCACUAGAAGAACAACAGCAACAGUUUGAAAAUGCCCCUCAGCAGCAUGAUCAACAGCAACCUCAGCAACAAGAGCAAUGA